GAUAAAUGGUGAUCCGCCUUCUCCGUCCCCCACAUCUCAGGCAGAAAACAUUACUCCAAUGGCUGAAAUCCCGUUGAAGAUGAAGGCAUGGGUUUAUGAAGAGUACGGGGAUGUUAGUGUCUUGAGGUUAGAUGAGGGGAUUUCUGUGCCGGAGAUUAAGGAGGACCAAGUGCUUGUCAAGGUUGUGGCUGCGGCACUAAACCCUGUGGAUUUCAAGAGGCGGCAGGGGCGAUUUAAGGCCACUGAUUCUCCGUUACCUACUGUUCCAGGAUAUGAUGUGGCUGGUGUAGUUGUGAAGGUGGGCAGUCAAGUGAAGAACCUAAAGGAAGGAGAUGAAGUAUAUGGAGAUAUCAAUGAGAAAGCUUUGCAGAGUCCUAAGCAGUUUGGAUCACUUGCUGAAUACACUGCUGUUGAAGAGAAAGUGCUGGCCAUAAAACCCAAUAAUCUGGACUUUGCAUCAGCUGCUGGAAUACCUCUAGCUAUUGAGACAGCACAUGAAGGCUUGGAGAGAGCUGGGUUCUCUGCUGGUAAAUCUAUUCUUGUAUUAGGUGGUGCAGGUGGAGUUGGAUCCUUGGUGAUUCAGCUGGCCAAGCAUGUUUAUGGGGCAUCAAGAGUUGCUGCCACUUCAAGCACUAGUAAGUUGGAGCUAUUGAAGAGUUUGGGAGCUGAUUUAGCAAUUGACUAUACCAAGGAAAACUUGAAUGAGCUGCCAGAAAAAUUUGAUGUAGUAUAUGAUACUGUUGGGCUUGGCGACACCGGAUCCAAAGCAGUGAAAGAAGGCGGAACUGUAGUGGGAAUCGCUUAUCCCGUUUCACCUCCAGGUUCUAUUUUUGUCCUCACUUCUGAUGGAGCUAUUUUAACAAAGCUGAAUCCUUUCCUGGAGAAUGGAAAGAUUAAGCCAAUUAAUGAUCCAAAAGGUCCAUUUCCUUUCUCAAAGGUGGUUGAUGCGUUUUCUUAUCUCGAGACUGGAAGGGCUAUUGGAAAAGUAGUCAUAUAUCCAAUUCCAUGAUGAUAUCUGUAUGUUCUCUCUGAACAUAUCUGUAGUAUAUUAAGCUCUUCUAUAAAUAAAAUGAGGUGUGUAUUCUGUAAUAUGCUAUGUAAGAGUAAUUACUGGAGCAAAUUAUGUGUUCCCUCUUGUGUUUUUUGCAGUUUAGUCGGUAAAUGUGUCUAUGAAGAAAUAAAGACUUGCUGAAGUAAAGCAUAAGGAUGUUGUAAUUGCCAUUGUGUUUUGGCUUGUAGUCCUUAGGGGAUAUUUCUAUGUUGAAUGAUUGAUAAAAUUUUCGAUGCUGUGCAUCACUCUUUCUUCU